AUGUAUGUUGAAUUUAUACAAAUUGGAAAUACAAAUAAAAUAUCUGCGGAAGUAGAAAAUCAUUGUUAUAAAUAUUCACAUGUUUGUUCAUUUGGUCGUCAAUGUAAAACAAAAGGUGAAAAACAUUUUGAAACAUCAAUUCAUAUUGCUCGUAAAAUAUGUUCUGAUAUUGAUAAACGUUUACAACUUACUGACGAAGAACAUUUAGAAUCAUUUUCUCAUCCUGGGAUACGUGAUAUUCGUCUAGUCUGUCUAGAACCAGGUUAUGUUGCAAAAGCAGUGCGACAACACAGUCGAAUACGUUUAAUUUUUCUUAAGCAUAAUAUUCCUGCAGUGAAAGACAAUGCAUUUAGACUAAUAACAGCAUUAGUUGAAGCCGAAUUUGCCAAGAAAAAAACAUCUGAUGGAACAACUCCAUUAGUUGAUGACCAUGACUAUGCUAUGAAAUUAAUUGAAAAAAAGUUGAUACCACCUUUAACUGAUCAUGAUAUUAGUAUCAUUCAUCAGUGGGCAAAAAAAAUUGCUCAAGAAUCAAUAAAACUGCAUGAAAAUCCAAUGGGAAUUGGAUAUAUAGUUGAUCGAAGUUUAGGAACAGAUAAACAUGUUUUUAGCAUUUUAGGACCUCAUUUAGGACAUUAUUAUGGUGAUAUUAUUAUUGUCUUCAAAAAAGAAAUAAUGUUUCAUCCUGAUGCCAAUUUUUCCAUUCAAGCUGGAACUAGUUUUGGUCCUAGCGGAAAUGCUUACAAACGUUCAUAA